AUGUGUGCGUAUGCGGAGGAGCGCGCGCCUCCGUGACUAAACUCCACAGUUGUCUCGUGAGUUUUUUUCUUCUCCUAUUUUUAUUUUAACUUUAUUUUAUUUUAUACAAGCAAGUUUGCGCGGCGCGUGCACAGAGGACACGCACACGGACGUAGACAUGGACGCGUCACCGGUAUCCAACGGGAGCGCCGGGGGGAACGGGACCGUGGACAGGCGCUCGGUGCUCGCGCGCGGCGCCUACCAGCACCUGGAGUCCGGCGAGCUGAGGGUGCUCGUGCCCGCGGUGCUGGCCGUCACGUGCGUGCUGGGCUUCGUCGCCAACGCCACAGCCAUAGGUGUUCUGAUCAGCAACGCGCGCAAAGCCAAGCUCUCCCUGAUCAACGCGCUCCUGCUCAACCUCGUGCUCGCAGACGCGCUCCUGCUGGCCUUUGCCGUUCCCUUCAAAGCGGUGGCGUACGCGCGCGCAGACUGGACCCUGGGCCUGCUGGUGUGCAAGACCUGCGACUGGUUCGUGCACGCGUGCAUGGCGGCCAAGAGCAUCACCGUGGCCUUCCUGGCCAAGGCGUGCCACCGGUACGCGAGCAACCCCGCCAAACAGUGUAUCCGUGUGAAGACCAUCCUGGUGCUGCUGCUGAUCGCGUGGCUGUUGGCCUGCACGCUGCCCGUGCCGCACUGGCUAUUCGCCGCGCUCCACAGGGAACAGGACGGCACCCUGGCGUGCGUCCAGCUGGUUCCGCCUCGAGCCCGCAGCUUCGCGUCCGGCUACGCCAAGGCGUACCCCCUGGCGGCCUUCUGCGCGCCGCUGGCCUUCGCGCUGCUCUACUUUUGGCGCGCGUACGGUCGCUGCAUGCGCCGCUGCAGCAGCAAACCGCAGAACCUGCGCGCUCAGAUCCGCUCGCGCCGCCUCACGCUCACGCUCUUCGGCCUGACCCUGGCCACGGCUGCUAUGUGGCUGCCGCACUGGGUGUGGUGGGUGUGGACGCGGCACGGCUUGGAAAACGGCGGACCGCUGCCACCCGCGCACUUCGCCCUGAGCGCGCAGAUGCUCAUGUUCGCCAUCUCGCUCCUAAACCCGCUCGUCGUGCUCGCGCUCUCCGAGGAGUUCCGCGAGGGCUACAAAGGCCUGUGGCGCCGCCUCACGCUCCGCAAGCAUCCGCACAAACAGCAGCAACAGAAGCCCGGGCCGCACGCGCCCACCGCCCCCAAGUCGCCCGUACCGAGACCCGAGACCUCCGCCCACCUGCCGCCCAGCAGACCGAGACCUGAGGCCGAGGAGGCCGAGAAGAAGCAGCAGCAGAUAAAGCAGAAGCAGAAGGAGCAGCAGGAGCAGGAGGACAAGGAGAAAAAGGAGGAGAAGGACAGUCCAGGGGGAGGGAAUAAAGAGGGGAUAGUGCUGCCAGAUGUGGAGCAGUUCUGGAACGAGCGCGAGAGUGGAUCCCACUCGCAAGAGAACGAUCCCGUUCCCUGGGAACACCAGAACCCCACAGAGGGCAAGCAGUGAAAGAGACCCAAUCAGAGCAGAAGCAAGACACAUGCAGGGGCACGAGCACGUCAGGUCUCCCGUCCUGCUCCUGAAGACCUAUAACAUUCUGCAGGUUACACCCCAUCCCAAAUCUAACACCCACCAACUGCACGUCCCAGCCAAGAGACAAUAGAUCAUCCUGGUGGCACAUACUGUAUAUAAAAAGCCUACACUGAUGGUCUUUAACCCUACUCCUGAAGACCUAUAUCAUCCUAGAGGUUACAUCUCAUCCCAAAUCUAACACUCACCACUGACCCCAAGCCAAAUCACCCUUUAUCAUAGUCUUCAACCUGCAUUCCAAAUCUAACUCUUCAACUGACUAUUCCUAAAGGCAGUAAGUGGAUGGAUCAGGUGGGAUUGAUUGGUCAGCUUGAAGCUAGCUCUCCAGGAGCAGAGUUGGAGACCAGUAACCUACUAUACACACACAUCCUAGGCACACACUCUAAUCGGUGAAAGAGACCUAAUCUGAGCAGAAGCAGUAGGCACACAGACACACACACAAACACACACAUACACACACACACACACACACACACACACACUGACAUUGCAAGUAUUGACAGCUAACUGCAAGAUAUGAGCAAUUACAUUUUUUUCCAAAACGUUUUCAUUCAUUCAUUAGCUAUUAGCAUCUUAGCUCUAUGAACCAGAAGGCUAGAUUACUCAACAUUGAUUCAGACGUGACUGAGUGCCUCCCUGCCUUAGAAACUUGUCUGAAUGCUGCUUACUCAGACAGUAUUCUGAGGCAGGAAGGCACCCAAUCAUGUCUCAUUCAAAGGCAAUGUCAGGAUGUUUUUCUUUUCCUACUGAUUUGGAUACAGAGACCCUCAUCUAUUCACUGCCUUCUUAAUGAGACAGUGUGGACAGAUAAAUCAUCUCCAUCCCAACUCUAACAACCUCCCCCCUUUACUCACUUUGUUGAAGCUUAAGGAAACAACAAUCAUCAUCAGCUCCAACCAUCAGAGACCUCAUUUGAACUUGAACUUAACCCAGUCUUUGUUUGCUCUGUUCACACCACUGCCAGAAUGGGACUGUAUUUAUACUCACUUUAUGUUGCCCUGUGUUGUUUGAAUUGAUGUGAAAAGCCUUUAAUAUUGUCUAGAAAUAUUUCAUAGGAAAAAUAUGCCAUAAGUGUUAUAUUUUGUACUUGGUUUGUGCUAAAAAUACAUAUAUCUUAUAAUAGAGAAAAUUUUGUUUCAGAAUUAUAUCUAUAUUUUAUGUGAGUUGAUAAUAUAUGCCUGUAAAUAGCCACUUCUGGACAGGGACAUUCUCCACAGUUUUGCUCUAUGUCUUCAGUUGGAAGCUGUGAGGACUGAUCUGAAAAUAUCUGCAUUUUAGUGAAAGAACAUGCAGCAGUUUCAGGUCUGCACAGAACAGCUUUUACAAGCUAUCACUACACUGUUCCCAAUGUGGCAACCCCAUGCUUGGAUGUUUGUACAGGUGUUUUUGUGGGUUACUGGUUAUCAGGCACCUUAUAGUGCUGUCCUUUCACACGUAGUGUGCUAGGUAAGAGGAGCUGUUGAAAAUGGUCCUCAUGGAUGUCUGGAAGGUACAGAUUUUUGUUCUGGUACUGUACAUAAAGAAUUGGGUUGAUGCAAAAUCUGUACUGUAUGUAUCUGUGGCUCUAUAAGAAAUUAUUGCUCCAUUUAAUUAGAUAAAUCAAUGGUUCCCAACUCUGGUACCGGAAGCUCUGGAAUUGUCUUACGAGUAGAAACCAUUAACAUGAGAAGAACAGGAGGUCGUCCAUGACGAGCAUUGGGAAUCACUGAUAAAAAGGUUCCAUAUUUACCCAAAAUACAACUCAAAAUGUAAAAUAUGAAGAAAAUGUUUUGUAAAUGCACUUGUUCUAAAUAAAUUUCAUGAUGUUACCUAUGA